AUGGCUGCGCACCCGCUAGUCGAGCCCGCGCUCGCGGCCAUCGUCUUCUCGUACCAGCACGGUUUGACACCUCUAGAAGCGAUCGCGCGCGCAGCCAUGUACUCCAAGCGCCGCCGCAUGGGCGAUUCCAGUUCCGUAUUCUUCUUUGACUACGUGUCGCCCAACUGGACGGAGCGCCUCCGCAGCGAGGACCUCUGCUUGCCGGUGGACUCGACGUCGGACGAGCGCUUCCCGCUCCAUCUCGCGAUCGUUCAUGGCAACGCGCAGCUGGUCGCGUACAUCCUCCGCUACGAGCGGUCGUUGGUGUCGGCGGAAGCCAUCGACUGCGCCUUUGUCAGCGGCCACGUGCCGAUCGUUCGGUUGCUUCUCAAGCAGCGAGAGGUCGUCGACGAGCUACGUACGUGCGUCUCGCCAGUCCAAGCCAUCGCGCCCAAGCCACGCCCCGAAGCUCGCAUGGCGCUGCCGUCGCGCGCCGUCCAAAGCCUUCGUGGCAGCUUGGCCAUGGCCCGCGACGCCCUUGCGAAGCGAAUGGGCCUCUUCCGCGCCGCGCAAGCAGCCAAUGAGAUGACGUCCACGUCGUCAGACCUUCCAAAGCGCAUUGCCCAUCACAACAGUCGCGAGCUCUACGUCUUGCUCGCCUCGUAUACGACCCGUGGCUGGACACCGGACGCACUCGCGUGGGCGACCAAGCGCCGCGCGCCUCAAAGCGUUCGGUUCUUGAAGAACCGCUGCACUCCGCCCGCUGGCAGCUUGAUCGAAGCGGCAACCGUGUGCGGCGACUUGGCAGUCGUCAAGCGGCUUCAUGCGAGCGGGAGCAGCGCGACAAGCGACGCAGUGGACCGGGCCGCCUCCUGCGGGUACCUCGACAUUGUCGCGUUCUUGCACGAGCACUACCCUGCGACGGUCACGGACACGGCGCUCAACAUGGCGCUGAACAAGUGCUACCCCCACGUCGUGACGUAUCUGCUGGACCACUGCCCACACGCCGUGUGCUCGCGAGAGGCGUUUGAGAGUGCGGUCUUCAUGGCGCCUCUCGCGCAUGUCGUGGCGCUCAUCGACCGCCGUCCGAUGCGUCUCGGGCCGGACUUUACCAAACUAAUGAUUUCCUUCGCGCACACUGGCAUCUUUCGCUGCGCUGAUGAAGUGACGGACGUUAUCAAGGCUCUCGUUGCUGCGCGCUGCAUCGAGUGGACGCCAUACCUCGUGGCCCAUCUCGACAUGGCAGAGCCCAUGGGGCUUCACGCACUCGCCCGGGCCGAGCCCGGUGUUCGCUGGCCCGUCGCCGUGUGCGCGCUUUGCAGCGGCGCAAGCCAAACCAUGCAGCUCGUAGCUCGCCUCGGCCUUCCGGGCGUGGGCCCCGACGACGACGCCUUUGGAUACGUGACGACGCUCACGAUCGUGCGGCUCUUCCCUCGCGCUCCGUGGCGGAGACUUCACCGCUGGCUUCUUCAGACCACGGACGACGUUUCGGAUGCCGCCGCGGCCGCCCACUUGUACUGGACGUGCACUGGUCGCCGCGUUACGGACGAGAUCGACCCGACGCUCGGUGGCGCCACGAUCACUGCGUAUCGCAGCGCGAGAACGCUCGACCCCGAGCGACUGCUCGUCGAGCUGUGUGCUCAGUACCCAUCGAUGUUGACCGUGUCGUUUUUGGACGCGGUUGCCGUUAGACACUCGUGGAUGUUGCCCGUCGCGCGGCAAAAGCUCGUGCGCUGGUGGUGCGACCAGUUCUUUGGACACCCCGACGACCUCGCCGACCUCUUGGCAUUCCGGCAUCUCCAGGACGUCUUCGCGUAA